CAAUUGAUUGAUUGAUUGAAACGAUCAAUGGAUUCAUAACACUAUAGAGAGUGAGGCCAUUGACCGACAACUAUAACAAACCGAUAAUUGUGUGGACACAACACAACACAAUCAGCCGAUAAAAUAUUUUACCGAUUCAUUGAUCAACAGAUUGAUUCGGGUGUCCACUCUCUAUCUCAGUGCAUACCUAUCCAAUCGAUCGGUAAGUUAGUGGUCAGUCAACACAACAAACACUGCCCGACGCCGCUAUCAGUUUGUUUGUUUGUCACCCCCGACGAGGACUACCUUACGGCCCCGUAAAUGGCAGUCAUGUUGUCGGCAAUAUGCGAAAAACUAUCGGACAGAAAACUGUUGCGUCUAUCGCAACACAAGUAUUCGGCUUCCGGGUCGACACUAUUGGAUCCGCUGAUGCAACCGUUUUGGCGAUGGUUUGUCGAUCGUGUUGUACCCAUAUGGUGGUCACCGAAUGCUAUGACAUUGGUCGGACUGGCCAGCAAUAUUGUUACCGCUUGUAUAUUAGUACACUAUAGUCCCGAUGCCAAACAGGGCAUACCGUGGUGGCCGCUACUGUUUUGCGCUAUCGGCUUAUUUGUCUAUCAGACACUUGAUGCCUGCGAUGGCAAACAAGCUAGACGUACAAAAACGUCCACUUGUUUGGGAGAGCUUUUCGAUCACGGCUGCGAUGCCGUGUCCACCAUAUUUGUCUCGUUAUCCGUUUGUCUGGCCGUAGAUUUAGGCCAUUUACCGGCACUGAUGGUUAUGCUACAGGUAAUGGCCGUCGCCCUGUUCUAUAUGGCCCACUGGCAAACCUAUGUUACCGGUGAGCUAAGGUUUGCCAAAUUUGAUGUUACCGAAGCCCAGAUGACCAUCAUUAUCAUAUUAUUGGUAUCAUCAAUGUUUGGCACAUCUAUCUGGACCUAUGAGAUUGUUCCGUCAAUUGGUCUCGACUUAAGAUAUAUAGUAAUGUUCAUAACGGCCUUCAAUGCCGUCAUCAUUGGCUGCAGAUAUUUCAAUGCAAUCCUAACGCAAGGUAUCGGCAAAAAUGGUUCAUCAGUUGCUGACACAUCAAUAUUAUCACCGUUUAUACCGAUAUUUUUGGCGGUAGUAUCGGCACUGACCAUCUAUUUUAAGUCACCGUCGACAGUGUUUGAGGAUCACAUUGCUCUCUAUUUGAUAACAUUUGGUUUGGUUACUGCCAAGAUUACCUGCAAAUUAGUGGUGGCACAAAUGAGCAAAAGUGAGAUAACCAAAUUGGAUACCGUUUUUAUUGGUCCAUUGCUACUGUUUCUGAAUCAAUACUUUAAUGAGACAAUCGAUGAAUAUAUACUCCUAUGGAUUGCUUAUUUUUACACAAUACUAGACUUUUUGUACUACUCGUACAGUACGUGCACACAGAUUGCCACUUACCUGAAAAUACGUGUCCUAUCCAUACAAUAUGAUCGCAACAACAAACUGAUGACCCAUUCGCGCCAGAAUUCGCUGUCAAAUACGCCGUCACAGACAUCGGAGACGUCGACAAAUGGUAGGGAUGGCCGGGGGAGCCGGCCCUACAACUUAAGACAUGAGAAACGCUAGGAUUUUCUCUAUAUUAUCUUUAUCUAUCUUUCUCUCUCUCUAACCCUCCCUCUCAAUCUCCAUCCUCUCUCUCUCUCUCUCUCUUUCCCAUAAAAAAUAUAUAUAUUUGAAUGAAAUUUUUUUUAUGAAACCCUAGUCUUUUAUUUUUUAAUUAUUAUUAUUAUUGUUAAUAAUUAGAGACCCAAUGCAUUCGGCAGAUUGAAUGCAAUGAUAAUGAAUAUAUGAUAAUAUAAAAUAUGAUUUUUUUCUCGUCUAUCACUUACUACUACUACUACUACUACUA